AGCACUCGCGUUCAGCGGCAGAUUUUUCUACGAAGAAGAGGACACGUACAUCUUCAGAAGAAAUAUCAAAAGUCUACAAGCUUUUCUAAAAGAUGCAGAUCUUUGUCAAAACCCUCACUGGCAAGACCAUCACCCUUGAGGUCGAGCCAAGCGACACCAUUGAGAACGUCAAGGCAAAGAUCCAGGACAAAGAAGGCAUUCCCCCUGACCAGCAGAGGCUGAUCUUCGCUGGCAAACAGCUGGAAGAUGGUCGCACACUGUCUGACUACAACAUCCAGAAAGAGUCCACCUUGCAUCUGGUGCUGCGUCUCAGGGGAGGUUCAGAUAUUUAAACUGACAAUCUCAGAAAUGGACAUUUAAUUCUUUCAGUAUCCCCUGUUCAUGCACUCACCACAUUGUCCCCUCCUCUCUCCGUACUUUAUUACUAAAAAUUUUCCACCUGUUUUUUUUUUAUGUUCAAAAUGACAAAAUAAAAGCAUUGAAAUGUA